CCAUCCUUCCCUUCCCACCACCCUCCUUGUCUCGUCGUCUCGGUUCUCCUUCACCUCACACUCCUUUUCUCCUUCUCCUUCUCUGCGCCCGUCGCGGCCGGCCCGCUUCUCGCGCCGCAGUUCCUCCAGGCCGCGCCUCCUCCACGCGCGCGCCCGCUGCGUUUAUUUCCCGCUCUUCAACCUCUACCAAAGGCAGCCGCCAGCCCAGCGACGGCGGCGCACACAAGUCCGUGUCUCGGUCUUGAUCGACCCGAGCUUGCGCACCUCUGCGUGUCUGCUGUUGCUCUCAGUCCGAGUCAGGGCUUCGCUGCAGCGCCUGUCUCGCACGUCUCGGGUCGCCGUGGCCCAGACACCGCCUGCGCCCUGCGCUAGCGGCCGAGCGCGCCUUUGCUGCGCCCCGCCCCCGCUUCCGGCGAGCGCCCCGCCGCCAUGCCAGCGCCGCGCCACUCGCUGCCGCCACACGCUGCGCCGCCCUUCCACUCUUCGGGACAGGGUAGGGGCCAGCAGCAUGCGGCAGGUGUGCGCAACAAUGAGCCUCAGCGCAUCCUCGAGGCGCAGGGCAUCCGCAGGUGUGACGCGGUGCCGAUCUCGGAGGCCUGGGGCCUGUAUGGCUUCCGCGCCGCCGGCCAGCCCGGUGGGCACCCUCCCGGCCCGGCGCCGCAGGUGAGUCAACUGUCGGCAUCGCACUCCGAUGCUGGUCAUCGCGAGAUGCAUCGUGGACCCUCACCGAGAGGUGAUGGCUUCGGCGGGCUGGUGCAGCGAGGCGGCAGCCUGCGCGCCGUGACGCCUCCCUCCGCACCGCCAUCCCACCUCCGCUCUGCCGUGUUGUCGGCCGGACACAUGCCGCCGCAGCCGCACCAUGGCUUCCGUUCGGAGCAGCAGAGACGCCAGCGCGGACCGAGCAGCCAGGCAUCGACGGCGGCGAUGUCGCAGCGCAGCGGCGGCAGCGCCUAUCCGCCAGCCGCUGCGCCGCCUGUGCGUUCGGCCUCGAUGACAGAGGCUCGCACGGCGAUGCUCAUCCGCAAGAAGGUCGCUGCGGCGCGCGAGGGCGUCGACAUGGACAAUCAGCCGAGCCGCACGGGCUCGGCCUCGUCUGGCUCGUCGUACAACUCGCAGACUUCUUGGCGCUCCGGCGUCUCGCUGCGUCCUGGCCAGCUGCUGCCGAGCUACCCGGCGCCGAGCUUUGACGGCUCGCGCCGCUCGUCGCUGCUCAGCAUGCACGCAGCCACGCAGCCACCAGGUCCGAACCUGAUGACCGCUCAGCAGCGCUACGGCAGCUCGCCAAGCCCGCACGGAGCGCUGGGCCUGCUCAACAUGUCGGCGCCGCCGCCGAGCAGCAGCGGCCGUGCCUCGCCGCCGGCGCCGUCGCCGGUGGCGGUGUGGCGGCAGAGUCUGCCCUUUGCCUCGCACCGCAGCGGCGAUGAGAGCACGUCGCCGCCUCGCAUCAGUGCGAAGGAGCGCAUCGCACGGAUGCAUCUCUCACAGCUGCCUCUGGUCGGCCCGCACCCGACCUCGCAGCUGCCGACGUCGACGCGGCACAGCUCGCACCAUCUGCCUCGCAUGCCGCACUUGCCGCACCUGCACAUGCCACGCUCGCUGCAGAAGCUCUCGUCGCGCUCGCACUCGACCCGCGACUCAAAGUCGCGCUCUAUAUCCGGGCCCAUCGCCAUGUCAGACUUCAGCAUGAAUCCCUUCCGCCGAUCACUCGACGAGGACGCUCGCCGCCGAUCGAUGGAGAGUGAGGCUAGCGACAGGUCGCCCGGGAGCGCAGGACGUGCCCGCGAGAAGGCGCAGCGCAAGACGCUGUCAGAUGCGCUGGGCCCGCCGUCGUCAGAUGACGAGGGACCGUAUGCCAUCUGCAAGGCCGUGGGCGAGGAAGCACGCCGCAACUCCAAAGGCAGCGACGCCUCUGCGGGCAACACGCCCCGUCCCGAUGCGCAAGCUCGCGGACCCAACGGCUUCGGCUUUGUCUCGCGCUGGGGCGAAGACGUGCAUGCCUCCCAGCAGCGCCAACAGGCGAUGCGUCUACAGCAGCAGCAACAGCAGCAGUACGGCGCGUCGCCGACCCGCGGUCCGGCGCUGCCCUUCAGCGGCACCACGCCUCCGCGAGGCAUGCCGCUGUAUGCGCCGCAGGCUCGCAUGCAGGCACCUCCCAAUUGGUCGAACUCCGGCCCCGUACCGAUGCGCAAUCCCUUCGACCAACCUGCUCCGGCACCCAUGCUGUGGCAGCAGCCUGGUGUGCCGCAGCGGCAGCCCCGGCGCGGCUCUGUGCUGCCCGCCAACCUGCCACAGCGACCCCAGUUCGGGAUGCACGACGACAUGCUCUCUCCCAGAGAGGGCGCCGUGUCACAGCAGGGCAGCUGGCUGGGCGGACCGGGGCCUCGCAUGCCCACCGGCGGUCGCCGCGGCUCUGCGUCACCGUGGCAGGGCCAGAACGGUGGUCCGCCGCCGGGCCAGGGAAGACGCGGAUCGGUCUCACGACAGCAAGGCAACGCAGGCGGCCAGGGCAGAGGGCGUGGGGCUACGACACCACAGCAGGGCAGCCAGUAUGCGCAGCAGCAGGUCUCGGGCAGGAGAGGCUCUGUGUCGCAGCGCCAACAGCAAGGUGGCCCCUCCGCAGGACGAGGCCCUCCGCCGCCCGCUGGUCAGCGCCGAGGAAGCGCGCUGCCCCGCUAUGUUCCGCCGCAAGGCAGCGGCCUCAUGGCCACAGCAGCACCCUUCGUGCCCGGCAGCCAGAUCCCACGCCGCAACGGCGCCGAGGGCAGUGCGAUUCCCGCACCGAUGGGCCUGGCAGGGCGUGUGCGCAACACGUCCCAGGCGUCGCAGCAGCGCAUACGACGCCCCAGCGUCGCCGCAAACUUUCUGCCUGCCACGCCACGCUCUCCGUCGGCCAAAGGCCGCCGUCCUUCGUACAGCAAUGGAGGCAUGCCGCACCCAGGCAUGGGCCGCCGACGUUCCUCUUCUGGCGCAGGGCGCUAUGCGCAAGAGCCCGGCAUGGGCCGGCGCCGCAACGGCAGCAUCUCGUAUCAGCCGCCGCCACCGGCGGGAGGCCGCAGACGAGGCUCGUCGGUCAGCGGCGUGCGGUCCGCACAGCCUUCGCCGUCCCUUGCUUCCGCCAGCUGGGGUGCUCCUCCUCCAAUGAACGGGAGACAGCGCGGCAACAGCGUGGGUCAGCAGGCCAUGCCUCCUCACGUCGCACUGCCGCCUCACUUCGCACAGGCGCCUUCACAGGCCACACCGCCAGUGCGGCCCGUCAAGUCUCCGCAGCGGCAAGAGUCACCGCCUCUCAUCAGCGAGACGGCAGCGUCGUCGCGCAGCAACAGCCGCGAGUCCGAGCGGCCUCACGGGCCCACUCGUGCCCCGAGCUCGUCGAGUACGAUCCGCUUCGGCCCGCGUGGCACGACCGGCACUACCGAGGGCUCGCUCACGCCCACCGUACGUGCUGCUUCCACGUCACUGCCAGACGACGCGGGCGAAGACUCCGACGACGAGGAAGAUGCAGCAUUACAGCACGGCACGGCACUGUUGCGACAGCAGGUGCGCGUGGCCGAUCCGUCGCCGUCGAUCUUCGGCGGCGAGGACGCCGCCAGCAGCGUCGGUGAGUACAACGGCGUCAUCGAGGUGGGCUUCGACCGCUCGCCGCGGCGCAAGAGCUACCUGAGCAUCAUCAGCAGCGGCGACAGCGUCGACACGGCGUGCGAGGAGGAGAGGGUGGCUCCCUCGCCUCCUCCCAUGGCCGCCACACGCGCCUCGCUGCCUGCUGUUGCGGCACCGGUGCCGACUCUGGCGCCGUCUGCACUGCGCCGCACGCCGUCGGCGCCUCGCGCCGCCUCGAUGUCGCUGCUGAAGCGCAACGAGAGCAUCGCGUCGACGCGCUCCGAGGACGAGGCCGGCCGGCUGUGGAAGCAUCUCGAGUCGCGCCUGGGCGUCGACCUGACCACUGGCGCCAAGAAGAGCGGCUACGACUCGCCGAGCUCGAGCCGCGCCAGCAGCAAGCUUGUCAAGCGGCGCUCCAUCACGCGCACACGCAGUCCUGAGUCGCCCUGGGCGCUCGUGGAGAGUGCACUGGGCGAGCUCAAGCUCUCGCUCGGCAAGGUGCGCCAGCCGUCGCCCGUGCCGCCGGUGCCACCGCUGCCAGAGCGUGUGCUGGAGUCGCAGGACCCGGGCCUGCGCUACGCUGCGUCGGACGACGAGCCGCUCGAGGAGGCGAGCACACGCUCGUCGCGCUCCAACUCGCUCACCGGCGACAAGCUCGACUCGUCGCUCACGCCUACGCUGCCGGACGUCCCGCGUGCCUCAUCGGCGCUGCGGGCCUCGCUGCCUGCCGUUGCCGACAGCAGCUCGCGCAUCCCGAUCUUCACCCGCUCCACGCGUCCGCUCUCCGAGGCUCGCAACGUGCGUGCAGUCGUGCCACGCACCAAGCAGAGCCUCCUGCCGACGCGCACCGGGCUAUCGGCGAACAAUGCCGCGCUGCCCGCUGUGACCGGCCGGCAGCGCAUGGACAGCGCCUCGUCGCUGGCCUCAUCGCUAAUGACGACGACGAGCUCAUCGCCGUCGCGCUCGCAGCGCUCCUUCUCCGACGGCCUGACCGAGAGCGACACGGACGUCUCCGACCUCGGCUCCGAGUCUGGCCGCCGCCGCUCGCAGACGUCCUCGUCGCACUCGCGCCUGCCGCGCCGCACGCCGCGCACGCCGCGCAACGGCGAGCCGCUGCUGCCGGCGAGCAGCAAGCAGCCCUUCGGCGGGCUCGAGGCGCAGUCACCCGUCGCCCUGGCGCUCACGGCGCUGCGCAGCUCGACGAUCCGGCGCGCCGAGCGCGACCAGCUCGACAUGUACGACUUUGGCCGGGCGACCGAGUCCGAGUACGUCGGCAAGCCGACGGCUGAGAUGCGCCAGCACGCCGCUGCCCGCCUCGAGAUCCAGGCACGCCGAGCCCUCUCGUGAGGCUGCCCCGAGCCCCUGGCACCCCCCCUCAUAGAGCUCCAACACCCUUCUCUUUUCCUUUUGUGCCACCGUGCGUCACCCUCCUUUGCUUCUCCUUCUUCUGAACCUGCUCCGCCUGGUGCGCGACCCUCUAAUACAUUCUUUGACCUGG